CCCGCGUCAACAUCGCCGCGCGCAGCUUCCCGAGCUCGAGGCCAGCAGCUGCACGCACGCGCCGGCUCGUCAUCGUCUGUUUCCAACCCCCCUGCUCGCCUUCGCGCGAGCUCAGUCGGGUCGCUCAGCCGAAGAAGCGGAGCCUCUCUUCGCCGCCUCUUCCUUCUUCCCCGGGUCUCACUCCGGUUUGGGGCUUCCUCUUCCCGUUUUAUAUUAUACUACACCUCCUUCAAGCCUCCUCUCAGUUCACUUGGGACAGCGGACGAGGAGGAGGCCGGCAUGUCCGGGCAGCAGCAGCAACAACAGCAGCAGCAGCAACUCCCGGCGACGGCUCCUCAAGCCCCGGGCAACCCUACUCCCUCACCGGCCCCGGCCGCCCUCCUGCUCCACCCGCCGCCGCCUCCCCCGCCGCCGCCGGCCACCUCGGCCCCGCCGCCGCCCCCUCCUCCGCCCGCUAUCGCCGCCGCCGCCGCCACCACAACAGCCGCCGCCGCCUCAGCUGGGCCCAUGCCUGCCGGGAGCGGCGGCGGCAGCAGCAGCAGCAGCGCCCCGGCGCCCUUCCCUCACGGCGGCGACCCGGCCCUGAACGAGCAGGAGAAGGAGCUCAAGCGGCGCCUCAAGCGGCUCUACCCGGCCGUGGACGAGCAGGAGACGCCGCUGCCGCGCUCCUGGAGCCCGAAGGACAAAUUCAGCUACAUCGGCCUCUCGCAGAACAACCUGCGCGUCCACUACAAAGGCCAUGGAAAAACUCCAAAAGAUGCUGCUUCUGUUCGAGCUACUCAUCCCAUACCUGCAGCUUGUGGAAUAUACUAUUUUGAAGUUAAAAUUGUCAGCAAAGGAAGAGAUGGUUAUAUGGGGAUUGGGCUCUCUGCUCAAGGUGUGAAUAUGAACAGACUACCAGGUUGGGAUAAGCAUUCAUAUGGGUACCAUGGAGAUGAUGGACAUUCAUUUUGUUCCUCUGGAACUGGACAACCCUACGGUCCAACAUUUACAACUGGUGAUGUCAUCGGCUGUUGUGUAAACCUUAUCAACAAUACCUGUUUCUACACAAAGAACGGACAUAGUUUGGGUAUUGCUUUCACGGAUUUGCCGCCAAACCUGUAUCCUACAGUUGGUCUUCAAACACCAGGAGAAGUGGUGGAUGCGAAUUUUGGACAGCAUCCAUUUGUGUUUGAUAUUGAAGACUAUAUGCGAGAAUGGAGAACCAAAAUUCAAGCUCAGAUUGACCGAUUUCCUAUAGGAGAUCGGGAAGGAGAAUGGCAGACUAUGAUUCAAAAGAUGGUUUCAUCUUAUUUGGUACAUCAUGGGUACUGUGCAACAGCAGAGGCCUUUGCUAGAUCUACUGAUCAGACUGUACUAGAAGAAUUGGCUUCCAUUAAAAAUAGACAAAGAAUUCAGAAACUGGUUUUAGCAGGAAGAAUGGGAGAAGCCAUUGAAACAACACAACAAUUGUAUCCAAGUUUAUUAGAAAGAAAUCCUAAUCUCUUAUUUGCUUUGAAGGUACGGCAAUUCAUAGAAAUGGUCAAUGGUACAGACAGUGAAGUACGAUGUCUAGGAGGUCACAGUCCAAAAUCUCAAGAUAGCUAUCCUGUUAGUCCUCGAUCGUUUAGUAGUCCUAGUAUGAGCCCCAGCCAUGGAAUGAAUAUUCACAGUCUAGCAACAGGCAAAGGAAGUAGCACACACUGUUCUGGUUUUGAAAGUAGUUGCAGUAAUGGAGUGAUAUCAAACAAAGCCUAUCAGUCUUACUGUCACAGUAAACAUCAGUCCACCAGUUUGAAUGUACCGGAGCUCAAUAAUAUAAAUGUAACACGAUCACAGCAAGUUAACAGCUACUCCAGCAAUGAUGUAGACAUGGAAACAGAUCACUACUCCAAUGGGGUUGCAGAGACAUCAUCCAAUGGCUUCCUUAACGGUAGUUCUAAACAUGAUCACGAAAUGGAAGAAUGUGACACAGAAAUGGAGGUUGAUUCCAGUCAGUUAAGACGUCAACUGUGUGGAGGUAGCCAAGCAGCUAUUGAAAGAAUGAUUCAUUUUGGCAGAGAAUUGCAAGCCAUGAGUGAGCAGCUAAGAAGAGAGUGUGGCAAAAACACAGCAAAUAAGAAAAUGCUCAAAGAUGCAUUCAGUUUACUUGCAUAUUCAGAUCCCUGGAGCAGUCCAGUAGGAAAUCAGCUGGACCCCAUUCAGAGAGAGCCUGUGUGUUCAGUUCUCAAUAGUGCAAUACUAGAGACACACAAUCUACCAAAGCAACCUCCACUUGCUCUUGCAAUGGGACAGGCUUCACAGUGUCUAGGAUUGAUGGCUCGGUCAGGAAUUGGAUCCUGUGCAUUUGCCACAGUGGAAGAUUAUCUACACUAGCUAUGCAUAUGAUGAUGUCCAAGGUGUAUAAUCUGGCUAUAUUCAACAUGAAAGUAGACCAGCUCUGCUGAAUGGAGUUUGGAUUUUUUAAAUUAUGUACUAAGGACAGGUCUGUUGCUUUACAUUGCUUCCUAGUUUACAGCAUGACGCAAAUGAUUUUCUAACCUACUGUUAGGAUAAAUUUUCCAUCUUUAACCAGAGUUAAGUAUCAUUGGUAACAUCAGAUUGACAAACCCUUGAAUUGUUCCAGACAAACCAAAAAAGUCCUGCCUUCAUGGAAGGUUGGACAAAAUAGAUGAUGUUGUGGAUGUGUUAGUAUGUGGGUGAUGUAAACUUCAAGCAGGAUAAUUUGCCAACUUCCACCCCCAUUAUUACAUAGAUCAAUCAGUGUAAUUUGCAAAAUGCAUAAGUACCUGACAGUUUGGCUGUAUAGUAUUGAUGGGAAGAAAUAUUUUUAAUGUGUACUGUAAAACUUGAAAUACUCAGGAGCUGAGUGAAUAUGUUUGUUGCUACUUACAAUCUCAACCUGUUUCCUAGUGGUUUUUGUUUUAAACAUGGUCUUUUCAACUCUGUUUCCUGUUUAACUGCAGACAACUUAUGUUGUAGACUCACCUGUUUAACUGUUGUAUUAUAACAGUAUUAUAUGUCAACACAGUGUGGUUAUGGCCUAUUUAUAUAAAAACCAAAUAUUUAGUCAAUUUCAGUCUUAAUUUAAUCUUUGUACACCCUGCAUUUUUAAAAGUGCUUAAAUGAGUACUCUAUUGCAAUAAAAUGUAGUGAUACCAUAAUUAACCAGCCAUUAAAUACUUCUACAUAUGGUAGGAUGGCUACCUUA